UUGAUAUUAUGUACUGUGAAUCUUACCUUUGAAUGAUGAUUUGAAAUAUGGAUGCAUAAGAAUAGGUAAAGCAUUACAACGAAAAAAAAUGCCGGAAAAUGGCGAAAAUAUGAGCAUCAAUUCUUCAGUAAAAGGAAAAGGAAGAAUUUUGAAAACACACUAAUUCUACUUUUAUGCAGGUUUGGUGUUUUUUUUUUGGUCUAGUGGCUACCACUUCUGAAUUGUAUGCAGAAGAUUCUGGGCAGUGUGGUACCCCUCUAAAAGGUCCUUCUGGGAUUCCACAGGAAUUCCAUCCGCGAUUUCUCCUAAAAAUCCUUAGUGGUUUCUCCAACAAAUUUGUUCCAGGACUCCUCCAGGAGCUUUAUUAGGGAUUCCUAGAAAGCUCUUGAUGAUUCUCUUGGGCUCUUUCUAUUGAAUAUGUAUAGUAGUCCGCGACUCACCUUAGCCUUAGCAACCAAUAAUUAUUUAUAGACGUUAAAUAAAUCAUUCCACUGUAAUAUGUUCAACUGAACAGACCGUUUAUCAUUAUCAAGACAAAAGGUUAUGGGCCCAGUCCGUAACAAUCCGUAACAGGAAAGAAGUAGAAGAGUCAAGAUGAAUUCGAAUGGAGCACGUUCCGGAAUUCAAGACGGCGGCAGAAUUGGAAGUCGAACUGAAGCAGGAAGCGUUCGGGUUACAACGGGAUCCAUUGCCAUGCCGGCCAUCGAGAAAUUGAAGGGGCGUGAAAAUUAUUCGACCUGGGCUUCCGCGAUGCGGAUGAUACUGAUCCGUGAAAGUAGCUGGAGUGCCGUGGUUUUUCACACCAAACACCAAACCUGCCGGAGGAGAAGUCGUUGCAGCCGAUCUCAAGAUGCGAGCGCUGGCGACAAUUUGCCUCAGCUUGGAAAGCUAUAACUAUAACCUAGUUCAGGAUGCGGCCGAUGCAGCAGAAGCUUGGAAGAAGCUGGCCGAUGUUUUUCAAGACUCUGGCUUGAUCCGGAAGAUUGGACUCCUGCGCAAACUUACUUCGAUUCGGCUCGUGAACUGUUCAAGCGUUGAAGACUACGUGAACGAGCUUAUGAGUACCAGCCACAAACUAUCGACGAUUGGAUGCAAGGUGGAUGAAUCCUGGCUGGUGGCGCUGUUGCUGAUGGGACUGCCGGAAUAUUACGAGCCCAUGAUCAUGGGGUUGGAGGCUUCUGGAGCGAAACUUACGUUGGAUGCGGUCAAAGCGAAGAUCCAACAAGAUGGCAAGAUGGAGAGAGGUCCUGAAACACGCAGCGACGACGGGGCUCUCUACACUCGCGGAACGGAGCGAACCACGGAGCGAAGCGCGUAUCCGGGUAAGUCAAAAAGGCCAGAGAAGAAGUCGAAGACAGAGAAGGCGUGUUUCAACUGCGGAAAGCAAGGGCAUUUCGCUGUCAAAUGCCCAGAGCGCGUCAAAUCGAAACCGAAAGGGCUGUGCAGCAUCUUCGGGAUAGAAGAUGAUAGAAACGACGCGUGGUAUUUCGACUCAGGAGCAACGUGCAACAUGGCGCGAGAAAAUCAAGGAUUUACCGAUGAGAAGAUUCUGGAGCACAACGUAGGAACAGCCAACAACGGUAGCAUGAAAGCUGUGGCAAGAGGUACCGUUGGCCUGCGGAGUGAAGAUGGCUUGAUUAAUGUCCACGACGUGUUGAAGAUCCCAGACUUAGCAAAGAACCUGCACACUCAAAACAGAUUUGCGGGCUCGGCAAAAACGCGCACAGCCGUCUGCUCAGUAAAACUAUUCGCUGAUAUCCCAGCAAAAAGUGACAUUUGUUAGCUGACUCUCAGCAAAACGAUUGCCGAUGCUCAGCAAUGAACUGUCAAAAUUGCUGAGAUCUCAGCAAAAUUGUUGUUUGCUGAUUACUCGGCUGUGCAAAUCUCGGCAAAAGAAUGGAAAAAUGCUGAUAUCCCGGCAAUCUGAAUUAAGUGUGUGUUAUCGGUGAGUACCAUGUGCAAACGAGGCCACACCGUUGUUUUCUCGGCAAAUAAGUGUGCAGUUCUAGACGAGGAUGGCCAACUGGUAGUUCCUGGAGUUGAGGAAGGUGGACUAUAUCGUCUGGUCCAGCCGGAAAGGACGUUUCUGGCCAACGGAAUCGAACUGUGGCAUCGCCGGUUGGGUCACCUGAACGAGGCGAGUUCGAAGCAACUGAUGAAGUCUUCCGAAGGUGUCGAGUUCCCAAAACGAGCGGUUGGCGGAUUGCGUGAAGUGUUUGGAAGGCAAGCAAGCCCGUCUACCAUUUCAGUCAAGUGAAACCAGGGCAUCGGAAGUACUGGAGCUGGUGCACUCCGACCUGUGCGGACCGAUAGAGGUGCCGUCAUUGGGUGGCAGCCGUUAUUUUGCUACAUUCGUGGAUGAAGCGAGCAAGCGUGUCGUAGUGUAUGUCCUGCGUACGAAAAACCAGGUGUUUGAAUCGUUCAAAUCUUUUCAAGCGAAGGCGGAGCGUCAAACCGGUAAGAGAUUCAAGAUUCUUCGAAUCGACAAUAGGUUAGAAUGAUGCUGGGUCAUUAGGCCGAAGGUCAUUAGGCCGAAUGGUCAUUAGGCCAAAUGGUCAUUAGGACGAAUUGAAAGUUAGCCGUUGUUUUUACCUUUUCCAACAAUUUUUUGCCAAGAACUAGUUUAACAAUGAAACUAGAAAGAAUAGCCUAUAUUUUAAAGAAGGAAAAAUUCAUGGGUAAAAUAUCAGUAGAUUCAGCAUCAAUAAAGUAUCUUCGUGCCUGUCACACGAUACACACAUGCAAAAUGGUCAUUUGCAGAGGAAGCUCUCAGUUAAUAACUGUGGAAGUGUUCAUAAAGCUGAGAAGCAGGCUUUGUCUCAGUGGGGACGUAACGGCAAGAAGAAGACCCAAUGACCAUUCGGCCUAAUGACCAUUCGGCCGAAUGGUCAUCAGGACGAAUUGAAAGUUAGCCGUUGUUUUUACCUUUUCCAACAAUUUUUGACAAAAACUAGUUUAACAAUGGAACUAGAAAGAAUAGCCUAUGUUUUAAAGAAGGAAAAAUUUAUGAAUUGAAUAUCAGCAGUUUCAGCGCCAAAAACUAUUUCAGCAAUGAUACUAGAAAGAACAGCCUAUAUUUAAAAGAAGGAAAAAUUCAUGGGUAAAAUAUCAGUAGAUUCAGCAUCAAUAAAGUAUCUUCGUGCCUGUCACACGAUACACACAUGCAAAAUGGUCAUUUGCAGAGGAAGCUCUCAGUUAAUAAGCUGAGAAGCAGGCUUUGUCUCAGUGGGGACGUAACGGCAAGAAGAAGACCCAAUGACCAUUCGGCCUGAUGACCAUUCGGCCGAAUGGCCUUCGGCCUAAUGACCUUCGGCCGAAUGGCCUGACAC